CCACCCACAAGUACUUUUAUCACAUGCAUUUAUCAUGGUAUCGGCGAAAGUAUAAAAGACAUUGAGCGCGUAUCGCAUCGGCGCUGUCCUAUUACAGUUUCCGUGAGACAAUAUGGUCCACGCAUUAAGAUGGCUGAGAUGAAACCUCUAGCUGAGUUGUACGAAAAUCUCAUGAAAAAACAUACCGAAAUCAAAAAUCAGCAGCUCAAGCAAUUCAUAUCCAAGGCCGUUCCUUAUGGCAUAGAUCCGCCUAACCCAAAAAUUGCUGAAUAUGAGACUUUCAAAUCCGACAAAUCUGCAAAUUUCGUUCGUGACGGCAAUGGAAACGUUGUGUUCAGGCAGUUUCGCCGUCUUCGCCUCGCUGAUGUAAGUGUGACCUUCUUUAUAGAUUUCUUUUUUGAUACAAACUGGUUCUCAUUUCGAAAUACUUUGCCUCAACCUUAGCA